CUGACGCGGGCUGGUGGUGCAGGUCCAGGCUCCGGCUGCAGACUGGAGACUAGCAUGGCUCCCCAGUGCGUCUGCGUGCUGGCUCUGGCGUCUGUGCUGCUGCCAGGCGUCUCCACCAUGUCCAGAGUGAUGGGCCGGGAGCAGCACAUCCCUUCUCAGUUCAGCCAAGGCGAGCGCUUCGCCAUGAAGGAAGCGCUGAAAGGUGCCAUCCAGAUUCCAACAGUGUCUUUCAGCCCCGACGACAUUAACACUACAGCCCUGGCCGAGUUUGGAGAAUUCAUUCGUACAGUCUUUCCUACAAUUUUCAAAACUAGGUUUAUCCAACAUGAAGUCAUAGGAGAGUACAGCCACCUGCUCACUGUCCAAGGCUCGGACCCCAGCUUGCAGCCCUACAUGCUGAUGGCUCACAGUGAUGUGGUGCCUGCCCCUGAUGAAGGCUGGGAGGUGCCUCCGUUCUCUGGGUUGGAGCAUGAUGGCUUCAUCCAUGGCCGAGGCACACUGGACAACAAGAACUCUUUGAUGGCAAUCCUGCAGGCCCUGGAGCUCCUGCUGAUCAGAAACUACAUCCCUCGAAGAUCUUUCUUUAUUGCUCUGGGCCAUGAUGAGGAGGUGUCAGGGCAGAAUGGGGCUCAGAAGAUCUCAGCCCUGCUACAGGCAAGGGGUGUCAAGCUAGCCUUCAUUGUGGACGAGGGUAACUUCAUCUUGGAUGGUUUCAUUCCCUACCUCAAGAAGCCCUUUGCCAUGAUCGCAGUCUCAGAGAAGGGUGCGAUUGACCUCAAGCUGCAAGUAAACAUGACUCCGGGCCACUCCUCAGCUCCCCCCAAGGAGACAAGCAUUGGCAUCCUCGCAGCUGCUAUCAGCCGCCUGGAGCAGACACCACUGCCGAACAUGUUUGGAAGUGGGCCAUUGAAAACGACAUUGCAGGAACUGGCAAAUGAGUUCCCUUUUCCUGCCAAUAUUGUCUUGAGAAACCUAUGGCUGUUUGGGCCCCUUGUAAGCAGGUUAAUGGAGAGGAAUUACAUAACCAAUGCACUGGUCAGGACCACGAUGGCACUCACCAUGUUCAAUGCAGGAGUCAAGAUGAAUGUCAUCCCCCCGAUGGCCCAGGCCAUAAUCAACCUCCGGAUUCACCCUGCACAGACAGUCCAAGAGGUCCUAGAACUCGUUAAGAACAUUGUGGCUGACGACCGGGUCCAGUUCCAUGUGUUGACUGCCUUUGACCCCCUGCCUGUCAGCCCCUCUGAUCAUCAGGCCUUGGGCUACCAGCUGCUCCGCCAGACCGUACAGUCCAUCUUCCCGGAAGUCAACACUGUUGCCCCAGGUAUUUGUAUUGGCAACACAGACAGCAGACACUAUACGAACCUCACCACUAGCAUCUACCGGUUCAACCCCGUCUACCUGCAUCCUCAGGACUUCCGUAGCAUCCAUGGAAUCAAUGAGAAAAUCUCAGUCCAAGCCUAUGAGACCCAGGUGAAAUUCAUCUUUGAGUUUAUCCAGAAUGCUGACACAUACCAGGAGCCAAUUCCUCACCUGCACGAACUAUGAGGUCGAGGAGCCAGCUGGAUUAACCGUGCCUACCCGGGGCAAAGCUAAUGUCGAUGAAACUUUGGGUCAAAACCACAUUGGGUUUCAUGACCCAUGAAACUUUGGGUCAAAACCAUCACCCACUUGCCUUACUCACUCCUGAAAUCACCAGAGAACAAGGCCAAGGGUAGAGAAGGGCUGGCAAGAACCUCUUUUCUUCCUUCCUCCAAACAUCUGCAUCCCUUGGCUGACCAACAUGUACUGCCUUGUCAGUAUCCUAGAAGUUACUGGGCUUGUUUGUCUUAUACGGGUUAUUUAACUGCUCCUUGUUAAGGCCUGACUUGACAAAGAAUUAGAAAAUCUCAACUGGUUUUUACCUUCUAGAAGUGUUUAAUUUAGAGCAUGCUUGCCAGGCUGCCCUCUCCAUCACUUACAAAUUUCUUUUGCUGUAACUUUUCCUUUCUCUUCCUCCCCCUUCCCUUGGAUUAUUUAGCUGGCCCUUCAUCUCUCCUCUCCUGCCCCUGCAUCCCUCGCCCUGCCCUCCCGUUUAUUCUAAUCUAGAGCAGAACUUAGUUAUAUUGUGAUACUACUGUAAUUACCACAACACCUGGCCAAACAAAGCGGGCUAUGUGGCAUCAAGUGGUCACUGAGAAGUGAAACUGAGGCAGGAGGCUUUGCAGGAACCCCAAACCUCCUGGUUCUGGAGGCUGGAGGCUGGAGCCGAGAGAAGAAAACUAUCCUUGGGCUUCUCCCAAGGACUCCCUGGUCUUUGCUCCCUCCCCUGUCCUGUUCCUGCCACCUGCUGCUGCUGACCCACCCCUGGAGGCACUAAUCUGUGGAAACAUUUCCCUGGCAUAUCCUAUGGGCUGAGCUCCCAAGAGAAGGGCACUCAUGAUCCUGCCUUUCAGUGAAGCCCAGGACCAGCGGGGUUCUGGCCUUCACCUCAGAGGGAAGGGAAGUGGCAGGUAUGGUAUGGGGGAGCAAGGAGGGAGCCUGACUUGAGGGGCUCUGUCCCAGGUGGUGAGCAGAGGAGGGGCAAGCUUUGCCUCCUUAGAGGACAGCAGAGCUCCUGUUCUUUUCCUCUGGAAUCCAACCCUGAGCAUAUUCAAGUCUGCUUAGUAGCUGCCAGGUAGGGGGCAUUGGAAGGCAGCCUUUCUUGGCUCAAGGCUGGGAGCUGCGAGCUUUGUGGGUCACAAGGGAGUUGGAGUCAGAGAGGGAGACACAGAGGGCGCUGGGACUUGAGAGACUCCCUCUUUUUUGCCUCAUCAAAGACUUUUCAUGCCUUCCUUGGGAUAUGUCAGCAAUAGGCUCCUUUUCGCACCCCACAACCCCCAUGCCCCCAAUUCCUUACCUCCCUCCCAUGCCCAGGCCCGUGGCUGUGAGCUAUUCCUUGGAGCUUAUGCUUAAUGGAAAGUGGUAGAAACACAGUGUGGGGAUUAUUUGAGCCUUUUUGCUACUCCCCCUAAGAUUCACAUUCCUUCCCUCACCCUCCCUUUUUUGGCCAACUCAGAACUUAUUCAGCCUUUGUUAGAGAGUGAGCUGAAGAACAAAAAUAAUCCUUCACAUUCAUGCAGAGCUGGACAAAGUGCUUUCCUACACCUUAUUUCAUAAGAGCCCCAUGAAGAAAGUACUAUUACCCCUUCUUACAGGGGAGAAAUUGGUUCUCAGAGAGGUUAUACACCUAGCUGGGAGCAGAUUUAAACCAUGUCACCUGGCCCCAAAUGCACCAUCAUUCCAUGGUCCUAAAUUAAUAAUGGAAUCUACUUCCCAUCCAUUAUCUUACUUAAUCCUCACAAUAGCUCCCAGGGGUUAUUGCUCCUGUUUUAUAGAUUAGGCAACUAAAAUUCAGAAAUUAAGUAAUUUGCCCAAGGUCAUGCAGGUGUUGGGAGCAAAGUCUCCCUGAGUCCAAAGCCUGUGCUAAUAGUACUGAAGAGGAAGGAAACUGAGACUCAGAGAAGUCAUUGGCCCAAGAUCACAAAGCUCUCAAGGGGCAGCCCCGAAAUGUAAAUGUCAGUUAAAAAUCCCCAAGUCCAGUGCUUUUUCAGUUGUACCACACUGCCCACCCCAAGAACCUGUGCUGUGUAGCUUAUUCAUUCCGAUCCAAGGAGAUCCCAGGGACAAAGGCUGUUGUACCGUUGGCUUUGGUUCUUAGCUCAAGCUCUCUCUGUUCCCCUGGCUGACCUCUCUCUAGUCACACCUCUCCCUCUGUCUGCCAGCAUUCCUUAUCACACCAACCCCAGCUUCUGGGUUCAGAGUUUGGGGACAGCUGGGUCUCUAAUAAACCAUGGGAUAACUUGGGGAAGAAUGAGCAGGGGACCUUGUCCCCACUGGGUCUCACCACUCUCUUGUACUGGCAGAAAAGAUAGUCUUUCCAGCCUCUGGAGUGGGAAGGAAGGCCCUUGAGAGGGAACUGCUCCAAAUCUCAGUUCCAAGAACACAGACCUUUCAAUCCUGUGGCCCCUAAAUGCUUCUGGAAAGAAUGGCCAAAAGUGCUGACCAGACCAGGACAACAUGAGCCCUGGGACUCUGGGCGGAAAGGGGCAAUAAAUCUGGAACUUCCCUCCACCCCCACCUACAUCAAUCUACCACUCCCCAAAUCUACCUUGAAAGAGCUCUGGCAAUAAUCACAAGUAUGCCCUAUAUCCCCAUUGAGGACUUCGCUCAAGCUUCUUACUCACACCUUGCUCCCUGAAGACAAAGUAGUCAUAAGCAAAGAGGCUGGGAAAGGAGUAAAGUCUAGCUGGAGUCCCUUGAUGCUGAACCCAGGUUGCUAAAAACUUGGCCAUUUUGGGUCCAAUAUCCUUCUCCCCGAGAGGAGAUAACACAGAGACACAAAGGUGCUACUGAAGAGCUGGACUCUUCGUUCAUUUUUUUUUCUUUGAAAAUUGAAAUAUAAAUAAUUCUAUAAAAAUGAAACUAUUUGCAGUUUUACUGUUCAGUGUCCAUGUAGCUUGUCAAUAAAAAGGUAUCACACUUCAUGUAUAUCACAUUUAGACCUACAAAUAUAAAAAUGUAAUAUAAAGUGUUUAAUACCAAAAAAUAUCCCUCAGCCACCAUGUGCAAUGUUGUAAAUACUACACUAGCUCAUGAUUACCUCCAGAACCAGAAAUUGGAACUCAAAGAGCAGCGAGAAAAUGGACACUCAGCACUACUGAGAAAUAACAUUUCAUGCAGGAAUCUAUUGCAGUCAUGGUAUCUGAGAGGAAAGAUUUGACAAUUUUCUUUUCUCUUAGCUAAGCACUUUCACAGCUCAGUUCCUCCUUGCACUCCAAAGCCAUGUGUGUCUCUAAAGUUUACAGUGACAAAACCUACAAAUCUUCAGAGCAUCACAUUUAAUUUUUUUUUUCUUCUUAAGACAUAGGAUGAGCUAUGUAGAGAAGGAUUUCUCUGCAGCCUGAACUGUGUUAGUCUCAGGAAUAUGUGUGUAGGGUGACAGAUUGCUCUGUGCCAACACUGAGUCCUAAAUGACAGAAACAUCCCUAUUGUUAUUUUUUUUUUAAUGUAUGUAUUUGAGAGAGAGCACGAGUGGGACGGCUGGACAGAGAGGGAGAUAGAAUCUCAAGCAGACUCCAUGCAGAGCAUGGAGCCCAAAGCAGGGCUCCAUCUCACCACCUGAGAUCACCACCUGAGCCAAAACUAAGAGUCUCAUUCAACCAACUACGCCACCCAGGUACCCCAGGUUGUUUUUUUGUUUUGUUUUAACUUUAUUUUUUAUGGGGCUUAAACUCAAAACGCCAAGAUCAAGAGUAGCAUGAUCUGUCAGCUGAGCCAGUCAGGAGCCCCCGACCCCUAGGUUUUUAAUAGAUUUCAUUAUUUUGUUGUUUCCUCAAAAAGUGAAAUGUAGAGUCACCAUAUGACCCAGAAAUUCCACUCUUACAUACCCAAAAGAACUGAAAAGAAGUACUCAAAUAAAAGUUUGUACAAAAUAGGUUAUAGCAUCACUGUUCAUAAUACUCCAAAGGUAGGAACAACCCAGACGUCCAUUAACAAAUGAAUGGAUCGACAAAAUAUGUUAUAUCCAUACCAUGCAUGAACUAUUUUUCAGCAAUAAAAAGGAAUAAAAUACUGACACAUGCUAUGACAUGGAUGAACCUUGUAAACAUUAUGCUACAUGAAAGGAGCCAGACACAAAAGGUCACCUAUGGCGUGGUUCCAUUUAUAUGAAAUGUCCACAAUAGAGAAAUCCAUAAAGACAGCAGACUAGUAGAGCUGGGAGAGGGAAGUAAAUACUUAAUGAGUAGAAGGUUUCCUUUCAGGGUGCUGAAAAUGUCUUGGAGCUAAAUAAAGCUGAUGGUUGCACAGCAUUGUGAGUGUACUAAAUAAAUGCCAAUGGAUUGUAUGGUUUAAAAUGGUUCAUUUUUGGGAUCCCUGGGUGGCUCAGCGGUUUAGCACCUGCCUUUGGCCCAGGGAGUGAUCCUGGAGACCCGGGAUCAAGUCUUGCGUUGGGCUCCCUGCAUGGAGCCUGCUUCCUCCUUUGCCUAUGCCUCUGCCUCUCUGUCUCUCAUGAAUAAAUAAAUAAAAAC